CAAAAAUCUUCCCAGGAAAAUCUUAUCGUCUCCUCCAAAACUAUACAGUCUUCGUCUCCAACCUCCCGUCGCUCCACCGCUUUCCAGGCUCCGACCAAUCAGACAAUGACAGCGUGCCGCCGUCAACAGCCACAGUAAGCUGACAAUUUACUUCAAUCUUCACCGCAAAUGGCCUUCACAACCGCGAAAAUUUCCGAAAUGCCACUGAGGAACUCACUCCCACUCACCUCUCACUCACCCUCCUCUCUCAGCCUCCUCUUCUCGGCCCCAAAACCGUCAUUUCGCAUCGUCAAAACAUUCUCCUCCUCCGUCAGAACCACCGAGCACGGCGGAAAUCCGAACGCUAAACCCCCGCAGCACAAAUCCAGACCCGCCUCGCCCGCUCCUUGGCUCAACAAGUGGCCCAAUCGCAGCUCUCCCGCCGAAUUACCCCGCCAGAAUGUCAACGACAAGGUCAACGAGUCGCAGGGACGAGAGAAAGAUGGCAAGGCGGAUUCGACUCGGUACUUUGACAAGGAUAAAGGCCAGAACGCUAUUGAGAGAAUCGUGUUCCGGUUGCGGAACUUAGGGUUAGGGUCGGACGAUGAGGGGGAAGACGAUGGAAUCGGAUUGGACAGUCAGGAUUCAGCGCCGGUGGCAAGCGGAGAGGAGAAGCUCGGGGAUUUGUUGCAGCGGGAGUGGGUCCGGCCGGAUUAUGUAUUGGAGGAGGAGAAGAGCGUUGAUGAGGUGGCAUUGCCGUGGGAGAAAGAUGAGGAGGAGGAGGUGAAUGACAAGGAGGAGGUGAAGGGGUUGAGGAAGAGGAGAGGGAAAGCUCCGUCCUUGGCGGAAUUGACAAUUGAGGACGAAGAGCUGAAGCGGCUGAGGAGAAUGGGGAUGGUGCUUAGGGAAAGGAUCAGUGUGCCCAAGGCCGGGAUCACCCAGGCGGUGCUAGAGAAGAUUCACGAUACAUGGAGAAAGACGGAGCUGGUGAGGCUCAAGUUCCAUGAGGUGCUGGCAUUGGACAUGAAGACGGCUCACGAGAUUGUUGAGCGUCGAACAGGAGGGUUAGUUUUAUGGCGAUCAGGAAGUGUCAUGGUUGUGUACCGAGGGAGUAACUACAAAGGACCUUCUCAAUCUCAAACUGUUGAUGGGGAAAGGGGUGGUCUUUUUAUCCCAGAUGUUUCUUCAGCUGAAACAUCGGUGACGAGAAGUGGCAACGAUGCAACUUCAGGUCCAGAUAACACUGAGCAAGCAUUGAAAAUUCCAGAGCGUGUUCAUAACAUGACGGAGGAGGAAGCUGAGUUUCACAGCCUAUUGGAUGAUUUAGGUCCACGUUUCGAAGAGUGGUGGGGUACAGGAGUACUUCCUGUUGAUGCUGAUUUGCUUCCCAAAACAAUUCCUGGCUACAAAACACCUUUCAGGCUUCUCCCUACGGGGAUGCGAUCAAGGCUGACUAAUGCAGAGAUGACUACCUUACGGAAACUUGCCAAGUCGCUUCCUUGUCAUUUUGCCCUUGGGAGAAAUAGAAACCAUCAAGGGUUGGCAUUGGCUAUUAUUAAACUUUGGGAGAAAAGCUCUGUUGCAAAGAUUGCUGUCAAACGAGGUAUCCAGAAUACAAACAACAAGUUGAUGGCUGAGGAGAUAAAGAAUUUAACAGGUGGCGUUUUACUGCUCAGAAACAAAUAUUACAUUGUCAUUUACCGUGGAAAGGACUUUCUUCCAACAAGUGUGGCUGCUGCUCUGGCUGAAAGACAGGAACUAACGAAACAGGUUCAAGAUGUUGAAGAGAAAAUGCGGAUCAAAGCAAUAGAUGCGGCUUCUACAGGUGCAGUGGAAGGACAGGCACUUGCAGGGACUUUGGCUGAGUUUUAUGAGGCUCAAGCUCGUUGGGGAAGAGAAAUAUCUGCUGAAGAACGGGAAAGGAUGAUUGAAGAAGAUUCGAGAGCUAAGAAUGCUAAGCUUGUCAGACGAAUCGAGCAUAAACUAGGUGUUGCCCAAGCCAAAAAGCUAAGAGCAGAGAAACUCCUGUCCAAGAUAGAAUCAUUAAUGCUUCCUGCGGGUCCCGAUUAUGAUCAGGAAACAAUCACUGAUGAGGAACGGGUUAUGUUUCGCCGGGUUGGUUUGAGAAUGAAAGCGUACUUGCCUCUUGGCAUACGUGGUGUCUUUGAUGGUGUCGUCGAAAACAUGCAUUUGCAUUGGAAGCACAGAGAACUAGUGAAAUUAAUAAGCAAGCAAAAGACUCUUGCUUUUGUUGAAGAUACAGCUAGGUUAUUGGAAUAUGAGAGUGGUGGUAUACUUGUGGCGCUAGAAAGAGUUCCAAAGGGAUAUGCCCUCAUUUACUAUCGGGGAAAGAAUUAUCGGCGACCCAUUACCUUGAGGCCAAGGAACCUUCUAACUAAGGCUAAAGCAUUAAAACGAUCAGUGGCCAUGCAACGCCAUGAGGCUCUCAGUCAGCACAUAUCUGAACUAGAGAAGAACAUAGAGCAAAUGAAAUCUCAAGUUGGUAUUUCUGAAGAUGAUGUAGAUGAGAGUUCCUGGAGCUCGAGAGAUCCCGAGCAGAUUCAUCGUGCGUUGGAAUUAGUCCAAAGCGAGGACGAAAAUGAGGAUGAGGAUGAGGAUGAAGAUGAAGAUUCAUACGUGGAUUCAGAUGUUAGUGACAAUGAUGAAGAUUCGGAUUGGGAAAACGAAGAUUAAAACUUUCGCCCAUUUUGAAAUGCUGAUCAUUUUGCGAGCGUGAACAAGAACUGUUGACAAUGGCAAAACAUGGGAUGCUUGUAAAGAAUUAGCCUUGCAAUGCUAAUCAUCCUGCCUGGUGGAUUGUCUAAAAAUGUGAAUGGUUAUCUUCGACUCGGAGCAUGCGAUGGAUUCAACGGAGUUUUGUUCAGAGAGGGCUGAGUUUGCAGCAAGGGAGCAAAACAUUGGAACAGAAUGUUAUCAAUUGAAACUCCGAAAGUAGUUCACGCAUCUACAUUAAAACAGAAUGGCUUUUAGCAUAUAGAUAAAAUUCUGAUGUAUUUCGUUGAUCAACAGCUUUGUAGUUAACGUUUUCUAAUUUAUGCAUUUGUGUAUACAACAAA